AAAGUAAAAUAAACUUUAAUCUGGAAAAGGUAAAGCCAAAGUGUUUUUAAUGAAACUGCAGAUGCCACGUGAUGAAAGUUGUUUGCCAUCGAAAUCCUGUAUGAUGGUUAGAACAUCGCGCUGAGGAAAGAAGGAGCAUUUGAUUCUACCUCAGAAUUGCAGAUUGCUGUGUACAUUGUUCUUUCAAGAGGUGAAGGUCAACCCCUGUGAAAAGACCAGCCUCAUGGAUUCUUUGGAAACUCCCAACUCCAGGCAGAAGGAGAACACCAAUCCACAGGAAGAAGAAGGAAAGAAGCAGCAGGAGAAAGUGAACAGGUUCUGGUCACUAAGAUAUGCCAUGGCCAUCAUGAUACAUGUCUGUAAUUUAAUAAUGUCAGCAGAAUAUUCUAGUCUGAGCAUCGCCAUCAUUGCCAUGGUGAACCACACAGGCCAGUCAAAUCAAUCCAAUGUUUCCACACAGGACUAUCCUGGUGCCACUGAAGAUAGAGGGGUCCCAGUAUAUGAUUGGAGCCCAGAAAUCCAGGGUGUCCUCCUCAGUGCUACUCUCUAUGGCUCAGUUAUUACUACAAUCCCAAGUGGGUAUUUUGCUGGAGUUUUUGGAGGAAAGAAAAUAGUUGGUUUAUCAUUGCUUACCAGCUCAGUUCUCAACCUCUUGGUACCACUGGCAGCAGACUAUGGACUGCUUUACUUGUUGAUCGUAAGGAUAGUACAAGGCCUGGCUCAGGGGAUGAACUACAGCGCUCUGUCUGCAUUUUGGCCAAAAUGGGCUCCACCACUGGAACGUACUCAACUAAGUACCAUUGGUUUUUCUGGUACAACAUUGGGAAAUUUCAUUUCUGUCUUUGGGGGUGGAUUCCUCUGUGAGUACCCAGGCUGGCCAAGUAUCUUCUACAUAUAUGGAGGCAUUGGCUGUGUCUACUCAAUUUUAUGGUUUGCUUUGGUUUACGAUGAUCCCGUAAGUCACCCACUUAUAAGUGACAAGGAAAAGGAAUACCUUAUUUCUUCAACCACUGUACAGGUCAAUUCCACUAGUUGGUCUUUGCCAUUGAAAGCUAUGGUCAAGUCACUGGCAUUUUGGGCCAUUAUAGUCUCUAACAUUUGUCGAUACUGGUUAAUGAGCAACUUGACAACAUCACUGCCAACACUACUAGACAAUAUGCUUGAUUUAAACUUCCAAAAGAAUGGGUUUCUGAGUGCACUGCCUCUUAUUACUUCAUGGGUCAGUAUGAUGCUAGGAAGUUACAUCGCUGAUUUCCUUCUGUCCAAGAAGAUUCUCACACUCAUCAGAGUUCGGAAACUCUUCACAUUCCUGGGAAUGUUUUUCCCAUCUUUAUUUGCUGUAGCUGUCCCAUAUGUUGACGCCACUACUGCUAUAGUCCUUCUGAUACUGUCUAGUUCAAUGAGCACCCUGUGUUUCUCUGGAUUCAUCAUUAACCCCCUAGACAUUGCUCCCAGAUAUGCUAGCUUUAUCCUGUCAGUGGGAACUGCUUUUAUGUUGCUUUCUGGGCUCAUUUCUCCCAUUAUUACUGGAUACUUCAUCAGCCAGGAUGCAACAGGCUGGAAGAAUGUUUUCUUUCUGUCAUCUGCUAUUAAUAUGUUAGGAAUGAUUUUCUACCUCAUCUUUGGCCGGACAGACAUCCAGGACUGGGCCAAAGAGCACCAGCUCACCCGCUUCUGAGUGGCCAUUGAUAAUGAGUUGAAAAUUCGUUCUGCCAAAAACAUCCUUAAGGAUUUUCAGUGUCCUCCUUGACUUCUGAACUCUCAGCCAAUGUAUGCCAGUGUCAAGCUUGUCUUUAUAAUAUCCACAAUAUCUCCUGUGCGUGUCUCCUCUUCUCCACUCACUUAGCCACUAUUCAUUACCUCUUGCUUAGUCUACUGCAAUGACCUAUUGGGUCUCUCUGACUCAUCUCUUCCCCAUUCCAAUGCAUCCUCCACACGGCUGACAAAAUGACUUUCCUAAAGCACAAGUCUAAUCAUGUCACUCCCCUCAAAUCAACAAAGUCCACUAUCUCUCAAUUGCCUCUAGGAUCAAAUAUGAACUACUCUAUUGGAGAUUUAAAGCUCUUCACAGCCUGGCCUCUUCCUACCUUUGUGGUCUUCUUAAAUUUUAUUCUCCUCCUCACACUCUACAUUCUGGAACCUACUGCCCUGCCUUCUCAUUAUCCUGCACAUAUAACAUUCUUCACCUCCGGCCUCCAUGACUGUGCACUCACUGUCCUCCAUACACGGAAUGCAUUCCCUCUACACCUCUGCCUCUUGGAAUCUUAGAUUUUCUUCAAGAUUCAGCUCAAGCGCCAUGAUUCUUUUCCUGGUUCGCUCCCCAUCUGCUAGGGGACCCACCCAAAAAAAUACCAAUAAAAUAUUCAUUUUGUAUCAAGGCAAUUAAACUUAUUUUAUAUUAUUUGACGAUUAAUUCUAUCCUGUAACUGACCCUAUUUUGUAUUACUGCCUCAUUUUGUAUAAUUGUUCCAGCCACAUUUCUCCAUCCUUGAAUUAAGCUCAGGAAUGCAAUUUUCUCUCUGAGUCAGUUUAAAGGUAUAAUUAAAAGGGAAUGUUGUUAUUACUCUGACCGUUACCACCUGGAAUAUCUGCUUGUUGUGUAUAAGCCCCAACCAACUUAACCUGGUACCAUCCCCAAAAAUGUUUUCAUCCUUGCCUGCAGUUAGACGAAAUUGGAUCUCCUCCAGUGGGACAUUGAAGCCAGUAGUACUGAUCCCCUAGCAAAGGUUACAAGAGGUAGAUGAGUCCCAUAAAACAAUUAACAUUCCUUAACUGGCAGAGAUGGCCAAUGAACUUUUCUUAGUAUAGCCAAUUGUUGUCUUCCUCAACUAACCUGACCUCUCUUUUACUGUGUGUCAAUAAAGAGAGUCUCUUCCUUCUCAUUGGAGCCACUGGCCUUACUGAGAUUGCCAGUCUGACCCACUUGGUUACCAGUUACACACACCACUGUUAAUAAACUGAUUAUGCUCAAAGUUUCAA